GUACGCAGUGCAUCCACAAAUUUUAGCUUGGUAACUGCGAGCAGCGUACCUUAUCAUCCACUCGAAUUUUGUAAACAAAAAAGUGGCCAAGAUGGAAAGAGAGACGGAAACGCUGAAGGAAUACCUCACCGAUCUCGUAGUGCCCCACCAUCGCUGCAAUGUUAACAUCAUACCCGAUCACAUUACCAUGCUGCAUGGCACCAAAAACAAAAAGCAACACAGCCGCAAGCGGCGCGCCCACAAAUCGAGCACGCUGACACGCCGGGAAUACGCGCAACUGGGUCUCAAUACGCUGCCCACACGGCAAAUGCGCUACGAGCAGGCGCUGCCGCUGCACAAGCUCUGGCGCGGCUACAUCCGCGAGCAUCUAGAUCUGCGAGAGGGCGAUGAGGUGCCGCAGGUGCAUGAGAAACGCUACGAGGAGUUCAGCAAGCAGCUGGUCAAAAUGGAUUUGCAUGGCGCCAAGCUGCGUGUGGUGCAGUCCAAGUGUCCCACGCUGGUUGGGCUCAAUGGCAUCUGUGUGAUGGACACAAAGAAUGUGCUGAAGCUGCUGGGCGAGGAUCAUCGUGUGCGCACCGUGCCCAAGAGCGAGUGCGUCUUUGGCAUGCAUGUGGACAGUCUGGAGUUUACCAUAUUUGGUCAGCAUCUGAAUAUGCGGCCAGCGGAGCGCAGCGUGAAGAAAAUCAAAAGCUAUGUGGAGCCCUUCAUGUAGCCGCACAAUAAAUGCCGCCAAAAUGUAAAUCUUUAAUUAAAA